AUGCCACCGGUCAAUGAAGGGGGUGUACCCAGCCAUGAAAGGCAGCCACUUUUAGAGCCUCGGAGUAACCCAACCGACCGCCAGGUUUCCUCUCCCACGAGAAUCGCCCCGGACUACAAUGGGAUCCUCCCGGGUGGGGAUACGAGCAAGAACCUUAGUUGGACAAGCGCGUAUAUCUUGGUCAUGUCACGCGUAAUCGGGAGCGGCAUCUUCGCAACACCUGGAUCGAUUGUGAAAUCUGCAGGCAGUGUGGGCUUGACGUUGCUAGUUUGGCUAGCUGGUACAAUCCUGGCAGCAUGCGGUUUAGCUGUAUCGCUAGAACUAGGGUGUCUAUUGCCUAAGUCUGGUGGAGAUAAGGUCUACUUAGAGCAUGCAUACCCUCGCCCAAAAUACUUGGCGUCGACUCUGAUCGCCGUUCAUGCAGUGGUCUUGGGGUUUACCGCGAGCAAUUGCAUUGUCUUUGCGAAAUACUUCACAUUCGCAUUCAGCAUAGAGGCGAACGAUUUCCAGCAGAAGCUCCUGGCUGUCUCCCUUCUGACGGUGAUUACCAUUCUGCACGGCUUCUUUCUGCGACCAGGCAUCUGGAUCCAGAACGUGCUGGGUUGGCUCAAACUAUUCAUUGUUGGUAUCGUCUCCGUCACGGGAGCUGGUAUCGUUGUUCUGCGGUUAUUUGAAUCUAACGUCGAGGCUACCCCGGUGUCGGAGCCCAGAGGAAUUGUGUCAUGGGACACUCUGUGGGAGGGGUCAAAUUGGAGCUGGAGUCUUCUAUCGACAGCUUUGUUCAAGGUGUUCUAUUCCUAUGCCGGUCUUACCAAUGUCAACAAUGUAAUGAGCGAAGUCAAAAACCCCGUUCGGACCCUGAAGACGGUAUGUCCAACUGCUUUAUUGACGUCCGGGGCUUUAUACUUCUUGGCAAAUCUCUCCUAUCUACUGGUUAUCCCAUUAGAUGAGAUCAAGAAUGGAGGAGAGCUAGUAGGAGCUCUCUUAUUUGAGAGGGUAUUCGGACAGCAUUUUGGAAAAACCCUGUUCCCUCUUGCGAUCGCGAUUUGCGCGGGGGAACGUGAUGGUGGUCACAUUUGCCUAUACGUGGAAGCAUACCCAGGACAGAUACUAGCGCUCGGUGUGACAGUCGGACUAUUAGUUUUGCGAUAUAGGGAGCCUACCCGCUUUCGUCCCUUCAAAGCAUGGCUCCCAGCUGUCUGGCUGCGAGUGGUCAUGUGCAUUGUUUUACUAGUGACUCCUUGGAUUCCACCCCCAAACUGGCAAGGGGAUGUCGAUUUCUUUUAUGCGACUUAUGCGAUUGUCGGUAUUGGAGUGCUUCUCUUCGCUGUCUUUUACUGGUAUAUAUGGACAGUAUACCUCCCUCGUCGGGGUGGAUAUAGAUUGGAGGAACAGGAGGAAAUACUUAAAGAUGGUACAAGCGUAACACGGCUUCUUCGUGUGAACGCUUCCAUCUGA